AAGACGCCAAUGGAAAUGGGGAGCAGGAGCACCGAGAAGUUUUACAGGAUCCCCCAAGGAAAGGGGCCGCACUCGGUCGGAUGUACAGACCUGAUGACAGAAAAUGCAGCUGAGGGAAGCUUCUUGCGCCUUUAUUAUCCAUCAUGCGAUGCCGCAGAUAACGAGGAGGCACGGUGGAUCCCAGAUAAAGAGUACUAUCAGGGACUCUCUGACUUCCUGAACCUGUACCGAGCUGUAGGAGAAAGGCUUUUCCAGUACUACGUUGGUUCAGUGACCUGUCCUGCAAAGUCAAAUGCCGCUUUUAAGCCAGGAGAAAAAUACCCACUCCUCAUUUUUUCCCAUGGACUUGGAGCUUUUCGGACGAUCUAUUCCGCUAUUUGCAUAGAGAUGGCUUCCCAGGGCUUCAUAGUGGCUGCUGUGGAGCACAGAGAUGAAUCUGCUUCGGCAACAUAUUAUUUAAAAAAAAAGUCCCUUUCCCAACCACAGGAAGAGUCUACAUCAAACAUGGAGAAGGAGUGGAUCUACUACAGGAAACUAAAAAUGGGAGAGGAAGUUCGCCACAAGCAGGUGCAGCAAAGAGUGCAGGAGUGUAUCAAAGCUCUCAACCUCAUUCUUAAAAUCAAUUCAGGAGAGGAAGUGAUGAAUGUGCUGAGUUCCAACUUUGACUGGAAUAGUCUAAAGGAUUCUGUUGAUACUAGCAGAAUAGCUGUGAUGGGACACUCUUUUGGUGGUGCUACAGUUAUUGAGAGUCUCAGCAAAGAAAUAAGAUUCAGGUGUGGCAUUGCCCUCGAUGCAUGGAUGCUUCCAGUCAGCGAUGAGAUUUACCAAAACAGCGUCCAGCAACCACUGCUUUUUAUCAACUCUGAAAAAUUCCAGUGGGCUGAUAAUAUCUUAAAGAUGAAGAAGCUCAGCUCCAAUGAUACAAACAAGAAAAUGAUCACUAUCAAGGGGACAGUACAUCAGAGCUUUCCUGACUUUACCUUUGUGAGCGGAGAAAUCAUUGGAAGAUUUUUCAAAUUAAAAGGAGAAAUAGAUCCAAAUGAAGCUAUUGAUAUAAGCAAUCAUGCUUCCUUAGCGUUCCUGCAGAAACAUUUGAGUCUUAAGAAUGAUUUCGAUAAGUGGGAUUCUCUUGUGGAUGGCAUAGGAGCCAACGUUAUUCCUGGUACCAAUAUUGACUUAUCUCCAGCUGAACCUAAAUAAGGAGUACAAAGAAGGACUGAAAAUGCCACAGACAUCAGGACACUAAUGCUGGCCAGACAGUGCUUGGACAUGUGAUAGCAUUGGCCACCUACAAAGCUUCUGGGGUACAGAACACACAAAAA